AUGGGUGACUACUCAAAAGCACUUGAAUGUUACGAAAAGGACCUUGAAAUCACAAAAAAAGCUGUGCCUUCAAAUUUUCCCUCAUUGGCUACUUCUUACGGUAAUAUCGGACAAGUGUAUAGCUACAUGGGUGACUACUCGAAAGCACUUGAAUUUCACGAAAAAUCACUCAAAAUAAGAGAAAAAGCACUGCCUCCAAAUCAUCCCGAUCUGGCUACUUCAUACAACAACAUCGGUCUAGUGUAUAACAACAUCGGUGACUACUCGAAAGCACUUGAAUUUUACGAAAAAGAUCUCAAAAUCACAAAAAAAGCACUGCCUCCAAAUCAUCCCGAUUUGGCUACUUCAUAUAACAACAUCGGUGGAGUAUAUAACAAAAUGGGUGACUACUCAAAAGCACUUGAAUUUUACGAAAAAUCACUUAAAAUAAGAGAAACAGCUCUGCCUGCAAAUCAUCCCGAUUUAGCUGCUUCAUACGGUAACAUCGGACCAGUGUAUAGCGACAUGGGUGACUACUCGAAAGCACUUGAAUUUUACGAAAAAUCACUUAAAAUCAAAGAAACGGCUCUGCCUCCCAAUCAUCCCUCAUUGGCUACUUCAUACAACAACAUCGGUGGAGUGUAUAACACCAUGGGUGACUACUCGAAAGCACUUGAACUCUAUAAGAAAGCACUUGUUAUCUGGCAAAAAUCACUUCCACCGGAACAUCCUCAUAUAAAAGACGUGAAAAAUAGCAUUGCAUAUGUAGAGAAAAAGCUCUAA